AUGCUGGAUGUGUGGUCCUGGAUAUCCGACCUUCCUUUCUCCGGCGAAUGGGGCGCUACUGAUGAGCCACUCGUCUUCCAACUUGCUACUUCACCAUGCGACCCAACUCGGACUCUCCAGCUCCAAGCCCGACGAACGCCUUCUUCUUCUCCGGCAAACCCGGACGCUUUUUUUAUCACUUUAUCCGUAUGCUUACGUGGCGCCACUCCCUCCACGCUCUGGGCCUCCGACGCCUACCUACUCAACUCCAGUGGUCCCACCACCAACACCACUUUCCUGCUGCCCCUCUUCCUCCACCUCCUCCACGAAAUCUUCACCCGGGCACCCACCACGUCAACCUACAGUAGCUCCGGCCGGUCCCAGAAGCUUCGGCCCGAACCGGUGUCCUGGAUCCUGGACACCCACUCCCCAGAGUCCUUCUCCAGCUUCUUCAACCUCGUGUUGCUCACCCGCCUUUUCUGGGCGUGUGCCUGCGACGCGCCCUCCGAAGUCGGCUCCUUCUACCUCGACUCCCUCCUCUCUCCCAACAUCCACUCCCUGCUCACGGCCUCCAAGCCGGUCCUCGCCAAGUUCUUGGUCGCCGUCGGAGCGGACGCGGAGCUCUGCUUCGUCCGCACCCUGGGGUACAUGUUAGCGAAAUGGAUCAUCUCCAGAGAGGUGGCUGCCGGCGCAGGUUUGCGGACGCUGGUCCCCCCACUCCUUCCAGCUGUGUUCAGCUACGCCGUGGAGGCUUACGGGUACUGGACUCUCAAGGGCUACGCGCCCAUCCCGGCCAUGCGCCCUUCCGGAGCGCCAAUAAAGCCGUUUCCACUCGAGCCGAACGACCUGUCGCUGUUGAAGUACGCUCUCGCGCAUCAGCAGUUGGAAGCCGUCAUUCAGCUGCACUACUCCGUCGCGUUCCACGAAGCGUACGUCCAAGUCAGCGCCCGAGUGGACAACCUACGCUUCCACGUGGCGAAGCUCAGGUUCAGUGGGGAAUCGGAAUACUCGGAGGAGAGGCACUUCGUGUCGAGGGUUCGUGCCUGGGUUGGGCCGGAGAUCGGAGCUACGUACGUGGCGGGCUUGACCGCGGGCCGCUCGACACACAACGGCGAGAGCGAAACGACGGAGCUACUACACGUUGGCAAGGGUGGCCCCGGAAAUUUCGGGAUGUUGUUGGCCAGGGAGGCUACGAGAACGAGGGUGAAGGGCUGGAGGUGGGACCAAGACGUGGAAGGGAACGCUGUCGUCUUCGAUGCUGUCCUACACGAUGCGGCUACGGGCCAGGAGUACUGUAGCGGCGGUGGAGGAGGAGACGGGCCCAGAAGAAUGAGGAGCAGUACUGGGCCCAACAGGCCCUUCACGAAGGCGAGAGGGCUGAUAUUUGCCGGGGAGGAGUACGGCGAUGAGGUUACGUGGAGGUUGGGGAAGGAGAUGGAAGGGAGCGUGUUGAAAUGGAGGAUUGGAGGGGAAGUUUGGGUGACCUAUUUCCCCAAUCAAGUCCACACUUCCUUUUGUGAGACCAGGUCGGUGGAGUGGUCUGAUGAGGUUGAUUUGCCUUUGAUCCCUGGAAAGUAG